UUUAGAACUGAGUAAUGAUAAUGAAGAUAGCGACGAUGAGGAUGAUAUGAUAUUAGAUUCUGAAAAUGAUGACGACACUCAUUUACAUGCUCCAUUACCACCGCCCGAUCUCGAUCAAAUAGAAAAGCAAUUUAAAUUGCUAUUUCUGACUCUUUGA